GUGUCUUUUUAGUGCAGGGUUAAGAAUCCCAUGGCUUUCAAAGAGAAGAGGAGAAGAGAGAGAGCUUAAAAACAAUUUCUAUAGAAAAGAAAACGCACCCAAUUCCUCCUCAUAUACUAGUUCUUUUGUUCUUGAAUCUCUUCUAAUUCUAGAGAGAGAGAGAGAGAGAGAGAAUCAUGUUCUCUUCCAAGAAGCCGACUACUAUGAAUUCUCAUGAAAGGCCUAUGUGCGUGCAAGGAGACUCCGGUCUUGUUCUCACCACUGAUCCUAAGCCUCGCCUUCGCUGGACUGUCGAGCUCCAUGAACGGUUUGUCGAUGCAGUUACUCAGCUCGGAGGGCCUGACAGUACAAACCCUAAGGCAACACCAAAAACAAUCAUGAGGGUUAUGGGAGUAAAAGGUCUUACCCUCUAUCACCUAAAGAGUCAUCUUCAGAAAUUCAGGCUUGGGAAGCAACCACACAAGGAAUUCAAUGACCAUGCAGUUAAGGAUGCUUCUGCACUCGAGCUUCAAAGAAAUGCUGCAUCUUCCUCAGGAUUCAUGGGACGUGCAAUUAAUGAUAGGAACGUCCACCUCUCAGAAGCCCUAAGGAUGCAAAUGGAAGUCCAAAGGAGAUUACAUGAACAACUAGAGGUGCAAAAACACCUUCAAAUACGAAUUGAGGCGCAAGGCAAGUACAUGCAAUCCAUACUUGAGAAAGCUUGUCAGACGCUAUCUAGCGAGAACAUUGCGUCUAUAGGCUACAAAUGCAUCGAAAACCAAGGAGUAGUCGAUAUGGGAGUCAAUAAAGAUGUUGAAUCUUCGAUGAGCUUCCCUUUGGUCCAAGAUCUUCACAUAUAUAGUGAAAAUCAAAUUGAUGACUUCUUUCCGACAAACGAAACCCUUUGUUUAGGCAAGAAGAGGUCUAAUCCCUAUGGUUCUAAUGGGAAGAGCCCUAUGGAUUGGGCUGACGAUCUUCAUAUUCAAGAACUGGAGCCCUCUAAGAGUCAAAUUGACAUGGAGGGUGAGAAGAAGUUUGAAGGAUCUCUGAAGCUUGAAAGAUCAUCUCCAAUGAGACCCCCUCUUCAAAUGGAGAGCAUGAACCCUAUGAUGAGUAAUGGUUCUUUAAACCAAACAAGAAAUUUGUCAUAUGGGUGAGCAUUUAUUUUUAUUUUUGCUUUAUUUAGGAAACUAGACUUACUUUGAAUGGUUAAAUAAGAUAUGAGUGGGGGUGUUCGAUCCAAGUUUCUUGUUAAGAGAAUUUAAAUUAUUAUUGUUAUGAAUGUCAUUGUUAUGACAGAUAUAUAUUUUUAACUCAUUUAUUUCUACU